AAUAGCAUGUUUUUAGAAAAAAUUUAGGAAAGUAGCGCACGGAUGAAGUUAAUUAGUUAAGUAGACUGUUUUUGGAACUCGAGUUUGGGCUAUAACUUGGGUUUGACAAACUCGAGUUCCAAUCAGUAUUGGUGCAUACUACUUGGAACUUGAGUUUGGGUUGGAUCUCGAGUUUGACAAAAUCGAUUUCAAAAAACAGUUUACUUAACUAAUUAACUUCAACCGCAUGCUAUUCACCAAAUUUUUUUCUAAAAUGGUACUAUUCAGCAAAUUUUGCCCCAAGUGGAAAUUCAAGGGGGAGGCCAAGAAGGAAAAACACUUGGAAAGUUAAUCUCAAAAAACCAACUGGUUAUGACAAUCAUACGUGUGUCUUUUUAAUUGUUAUCUAUCAGAUGUCAGUGGUUGCUUAUGAGUUUUUAAAUGUUAAUUUAGGUGGGAGAAAAAGGGUAUGUGAGACACAUCCUGCAAAUUAUUUGGAUUCGUAUGAAAAGUUUCUGAGAGGGGUUGCUACAAAGGGGGUCAACAAGGCACAACAUGCUCAGAAAGGUUUGGAUCCUUUGAGUUAUAAAGAUGCAAAAGCAAUAAGGAAGUGGAGGAAAGAAACCUUCUUCUCAGCACUGGGCAAGCCAUCAAAGCCCGUUGACACUCCUGCAAAGUUUUGUGAUAUGCAGGGCCAUACAUCUAAAGGUGAGGAAAAUAGAGAAGGGCCUGCCUAGGCUCCAUUGCUUGACAAUUACAUGUUAACGAAUUCUAAGUUGAAGGAUUGGGAUAAUAUGCUGGAAACAACUGUAGCUGAUGAAUAUGGAAGGAUUUCAGAAGAUAGUAGUUCUGAUGGUGAUUAAUGUUUAGUAAUUCAACAAGGGGACUAAGAUAAUUAUUAUUUGUCAGGCAGACUUUCUGUCAGGGGAAAUUGAAAUCUUGUUGUCAUGUUAUUAGUUUUUUUUUUUUUUUGAUAAGUAACAAAAAAAAGUUGUUAGAAAAAGAAAAACAAACCUCGUACACCGGCGGGUUACAUAGAAGAUUUUUUUUUUUUUUGAGACCAGGUUACAUAGAAGUUAAGUAAUGUGUAUCAUUUAUCAAUGAUCAUAUGAAUGAAUGCUUCACUCAAUAUAUGGGGUUUUUUCCCUC